CUUAACGUUAUUGUGCAUUCCAACUUCCGGCAGCUGAUCUACAAUAACAAUGGCGCAAACAAAGGCAAGAUGUCACUGCUCGGUUCCUCUGUGUUCAUCUAAUAAACAACGCCAACCAUACUUGAGGUUUCACGGAUUCCCGACAGACCAAGUUGUACGAAAGAUGUGGAUCACUGCUAUUAAGCGAGACGAAGGGGAAACCUUUAAAAUAAAACAGGGAAGCACCUACGUUUGUAGCCGGCAUUUCCACGAGUCAGACUACAUUACAGGCAGUGAUAGUGGGCUGCUAGCGCUGGAUAAUUUUGCGCCUGGUCGUCGCCUAAAAGUAAAUUCUGUGCCCUCCCGCUUUGAGUGGAACAACUGGGGAUUGCCAACCAGGGAGUCCGUUUAUAAACGGGUCAAUAAACGGAUGGUAGACCGUGAGAUUUCGCCGGACCUCCCCUCGGAGCAAACACAGCUAUGGGUUGCCAUGGAGGAAUUAUCAGCGUUGGUGGUCCGUGAACAUGGCUACGGAACUGCACCAACACCAGGUGCGCUGGAUGCUGCUGCUGAACGCAUACAGCAACUAGAGCAGGAAAUCGCGGGCAUGAAGAAAGAAAUGUCACUACUGAAAGCAGAGCUGGCCCAAUUGCGAUUUAAUAGAUUUUGCAUUUCCGAUAAGGACAUACGAUUUUAUACACGGUUCACGUCAAGGGAUGUUUUUUGUGACUUCUGGGAGGCCAUCAAACCAUCUGCCACCAGACUUGUCUAUUGGUCGAAGGCGCAAAAAAAGGCACAAUCAUCUGAGCCCCUUUCUCCGAGUCCAUCGCGCAGACUGCCCCUUAUAGAUGAGUUUUUUCUUUUCUGCUGCCGAAUUGCCGCUGGCCUGCCAGAGAAGGUGUUGGCCGACCUGUUUGAGGUCAGUAUGUCCACUGUCUCCAGGGCUGUCAUCACGUGGGCCAACUACCUCUACCUAAUCCUUGGAUCCCUUCCCAUCUGGAUGAGUAAACGGCAAAUCAGAAACACCAUGCCUACCAAAUUUGUGCAGUACUGUCCAAAUGUCAGAGUGAUCAUCGACUGCACUGAGGUGCGAUGCCAGUCUCCAUCAUCACUAACUCUUCAGUCAGAGCUGUUCUCUCCUUACAAGAACACAACAACUUUCAAGGGCUUAAUUGGGGUUGCCCCAUGCAGUGCUGUGACUUUUGUUUCGAGUCUUUUCACUGGCUCCAUCUCUGACCGAAAGAUAACAGAAAAAAGUGGUCUACUUGAUCUACUCGAACCAGGGGAUGGCUGCAUGGCAGACAAGGGAUUCACCAUUGAGAAGCUGCUGAGUGACCGUGGGGCAACACUUAUCAUACCUCCCUUCAAGAUGACUGAUCAGUUUACAGAAGAAGAUGCUCUAAAAACACAAGCAAUUGCCCGGCUUCGAAUCCUUGUGGAAAGGGCAAUACGCAGAGUGAAGGAAUACCAGAUCUGGCAAGACACCAUCCCUUUGACCUUGUCUGGGACAGUUAACCAGCUGUGGACCGUUUGCUGUUUGAUGUCCUUGUUCCAGGGACCACUUGAGUUAAAACAUUACAUUCCUGUUGAAUAGGCAACGCCUUUAACUUUGUAAUAUAAUAAACUGUUACAUUCCUGUUGAAUACCCCCCCACACACACACACACCACCACCACCACCACCCCUAAAAUUACUUUGUGAGAUAUUACCUUGAAUAAAAACAGAAUAACUUGUAAACUGCAAUCUGUAAUAUGUAAUGUUAAAAUAGAUGUGUAAUGUUAGGAUAUACUUGCGUACUCGAACGAGGAAAUCAUGGAAACCUUUAGUCGUGCACUUCAUUUAUUCAUGAAUUCUUUCAAUAAUCAUUUGGUUAAUUACACUUCUUUGGGCAAAAGAUAAACAUUCAUGAAUGUACCAAAAAAGUACACGUCAACCUUCUCCUUCAUCUCUCCAAUCAAUUCAUCAUCCCUCCACACUCUUUCAAUGGUUAAGUCCUCCUCUGUAUCCGUAAUGAAAUCGCACCAACUCAAGCCAGUUACUGCAAGUUGGCCUUGAACCUGCCAGUAGUACUUGUGGUUUCUUUUAAGUUUCGCCUUCCCAUUAGUAAUUUUUACAUGUCCUGCCUGUGUGAUGUUUGAAAUGGCUGGGCAUUUCACCUCAGCAAGGCCAAAACAUGGAAUUUCAUUUGGGUCAUAUACCCUUGCAUCAGGGCUAGC